UACGAGAGCUCGUUUGGGCGUCAAACCGCACACGAGAUCCCCAACAAUGGCGACGGCGGCGUGCGGCGUGCGGCGGGUCCGGCGCUAGUUGCUGACGUGCCAUCCGGCCGUCGCCGCCAUCGUCCCAAGCUAUCCAUCUCCGGCAUUCCCCCAAAGGCCCAAACACCUCCCAUGGCUUCCCCUCCGCCCCCGCCGUCCCCCGCCGCGCUCAUCGCCCAUCUCGCGGCCGUGCUCUCCUCGCCGGACUGGCGCUUCCACCCCUCGCUCCCGCACCUUCCGGCCCUUCUCGCGCCGUCCCUGCCCCGCACGCUCCUCGUCCCGCUCUCGCUCCGCCUCGCGGCCGCCGUCGCCCGCGCCGCCGCGCCGUCCCGCCACCUCCUCGACAUCUCCCUCCCCGUCGUGCUCCGCCUCCACGCGCUCUCCCCGCCGCCGCACCGCCCGCUCUUCGACCGCCCCUUCCGCUCCCUCCUCGCCCACUUCUCCCGCUUCGCCCUGACGCCGCUCAUGCUCCGCCUCUUCGCGCACAUGCACCGCUACGCCCCGCCCGCACCCACGGGCGCCACCUACAAUGCGCUCAUCCGUGCCCUCUGCCGCCGCGGCGACCUCCGCCGCGCGCAACGGUACCUCAGCCUCAUGGUCCGCUCUGGCUGGCGCCCCGACGCGUUCACGUUCAACUCCAUGAUCGUGGGGUACUGCCGCACGCAGCAGGUUGAAGUGGCCCAAGACCUGUUCGAUAAAAUGCCGCUCAGAGGGUUCCCGCAAGAUGUUGUCUCUUAUGCUGCACUGGUUGAAGGACUCUGUGAGACAGGGAGGAUUGAUGAGGCACUGGAGUUGUUCAGGGAGAUGGAGCGGCCAGACAUGCACACAUACGUGGCCUUGGUGAAGGGGUUGUGUGAUGCCGGAAGAGGGGAGGAGGGGCUCUGUAUGCUGCAGAAGAUGAAGGAGCUGGGAUGGAGGCCAAGCACUCGUGCUUAUGCAGCACUGGUCGAUUUAUGGUGUAGGGAGCGGAUGGUUGAUGAGGCUGAGAAAAUGAUGGAGGAGAUGUUUGACAACGGGUUGGCCCCUAGUGUUGUAACGUGCACUGCUGUUGUGAACGCCUACUGCAGGGAGGGGAGGAUGAGUCGUGCAGUGAGGGUAUUUGAAUCCAUGAAGUUGAAGGGGUGUGAGCCAAAUGUGUGGACAUACAAUGCAUUGGUACAAGGUUUCUGUAACGAGGGGAAAGUGUACAAAGCAAUGGCUUUGUUGGACAAGAUGAAGGCAUGUGGAGUAGAGCCAGAUGUAGUGACUUACAAUUUGCUGAUUCGAGGCCAGUGCAUCGAUGGGCAUAUAGAGAGCGCUUUCAGAUUACUCCGUUUGAUGGAAGGAGAUGGUUUAGCUGCUGAUCAGUAUACUUGCAAUGCGCUGAUUGAUGCUUUGUGUAAAGAUGGGAAAAUCGAUGAAGCUUGCUCUUCUUUUGAUGGCCUAGAAGACAGAGGCAUAAGACCAAAUUCUGUGACUUUCAAUACACUGAUAGAUGGGUUAUGCAAGGCUGGUAAAGUCGAUGCCGCACAGACGUUUUUGGAAAAGAUGAUCUCAGCAGGUUGUUCACCGGAUAGCUAUACAUACAGUCCAUUCAUUGAAAAUCUAUGCAAGACCAAGGGAUCGCGAGAAGGAUUAUCCUUUAUAGAUGAGAUGCUGCAAAAGGAUGUGAAGCCCUCAACGGUCAAUUAUACGAUUGUAAUCGACAAGCUUUUCAAGGAGAGAAACUAUGGAUUAGCCACAAGAAUGUGGGGACAAAUGGUGUCACUGGGGUGUAGUCCUGAUGUAGUCACUUAUACUACGUCUGUCCGUGCAUAUUGCAAUGAAGGCAGGCUUGAUGAAGCAGAAAAUGUUGUGAUGGAAAUGAACCGAAGUGGGGUCAAUAUUGAUGCAAUGGCAUAUAACACUUUGAUGGAUGGGUAUGCAAGUGUUGGGCAGACAGAUCAUGCAGUCACAAUCUUGAAGCACAUGACGAGUGUGGCUUCUAUGCCAAACCAUUUUACCUUUCUGAUCUUGCUUAGACAUCUUUUAAAGAGGAGGCUGGCUGAACAUGUGCCUUUGAAAGCAACUCGUGUUUGGACAACCAUAGAGCUUGCUGAUAUCUUUGAAUUGUUUGAGUUAAUGAAGAAGAAUGGUGUUCCUUCUAGUGCAAGAGCUUAUUUGAUCAUCCUGGAAGGGUUUUCUGAAGAUAGAAGAUUGGAUGAAGUGACUUCAUUGGUUUCUCGUAUGAAAGAAGAUAGUGUACCUCUGAAUGAAGAUAUAUGUACUGCUCUUGUUAAUUGCUUUUGCAAAUUGAGGAUGUAUCCUGAUGCUUGGGCAUUGCUUUGCUCCAUGAUUGGACGUGGUUUUUUACCGAACUUGUUGUCUUACCAGCAUCUGCUUUCUGGGCUUACUGCUGAAGGACAAGAGGAUAGGGCUAAAGAAAUAUUCAGAGAUUCCAGAUGGAAAGACUACAAUCCUGAUGAAAUUGUAUGGAAAGUUAUAAUUGAUGGCUUCAUAAGAAAGGGUCGCUCAGACAUGUGCCACGACAUGAUAUCCACAUUAGAACAGAUGAACUGCAAACUAAGUGAUCAAACGUAUGCAAUGCUGACUGAGGAAUUGUCUACCAGGGAAUAGGCUGUAAACUAACACACUCAUAGCUCACAGCAAAGUCUCCGUCAGUUGUGCUUAUGCAAACUGUGCCUUCCGUCAGUUAUGCUUAUGCAAACUGUGCGUCAUUCCGUGCUUGUUCACGCACAGGUUGUGUACCAGGCUAUGCACACUGGAGUUGUAUAGACCUGGAUCAUUGAACACACAGUCACACACUGCGGUCAUGCCCUCGGAAAGAACUGUGCAUAAUUGAAGUUCAGUAGAAUGGUGGUGCUCCAGAAUGACCUGAGAAGCUGGAUAUGAGACAUCAGACCGUUCAGUGUUUAUGCAUGCAUGCAACAGCUUUCAGGGGAGUCGACAUCUGCUGCAGCCAAAAUCCCGUAUCAGGUUUUAAGUUUCUAAAGAAACCCUUUUCUGAAAAGAAAAGAAAAGAAAAAGAUUCGCCAAGGGCCACUUUGCAGUAACCAAACCAUUUUUGCUAGGGGAUCUGUUGUUGGCAGGUAUUGUUAUCUGCGACAACAUACAGUUGGUCCGAGAGACAUACACAUUGUGGAUGAACUUGCACAUUGCACGUUCUCGGAAAAGAAAAAUCGUAGCUGUAGCCUGUACUUCUUUUACUGCGGCUAUCAAUUUGUGUAAAGCAACAUCGAGCAAAUUUCUGACAAGGGAGCAAUAUAGUUUGAUUUACAUGUAACUGAAUCUGGCCACCUCCGGGCAAAGAGUAAAGCAUGGGUGUCCAUUUGUGACAAUCAUA